AUUUCGAAAGUAGGCCAUCUGCCUUGCGCUAUUCAUUGGUAAAUUAUUCAUCCUGACAUUGUGAAAUCAAACUCAUGUGACACAAGACGUUGUAUAAAACAAGGCAUACAUUAAUUUGCUUUCAGUUAUUUCGUUCAAUAGUUACAACGUGUGAAAUACACUUAAUAAGAGGAUUAUUUUCUCUAGUUGUCGAUAAAUAAGUUCUUCGGUUUACACGUAGAGAAGUUACGGAAAUAAGAACGAACACAUUUGUUUUGUACUUAGUUUAUAUAUUAGUGAAUUAAAGACAGCAACCAUGGUUGAAGGUGGAAUGAAAUGCGUGAAGUACCUUCUGUUCUUGUUUAAUCUUCUGUUCGUGCUGGCAGCCAUUGGUCUAAUUGCAAUCGGCGCCUAUGUACAGAUUGCCCUCAAGGAGUAUUUUGAUGUGAUAGGGGGCAAGUUUAGUGCUGCAGCAGCACUACUUAUAGCUGUGGGGGUCUUCAUCUUCUUCAUUGCUUCAUUCGGCUGCUUCGGUGCUUACAGGGAGAACAGAGUGUGCGUCCUCAUUUUCUCUUCCCUUCUGAUCUUCAUCUUCAUCUUGGAAAUAGCAGCUGGUAUCGCCGCCUACGUCUACAGGAACCAAGUCCAGACAGUAGUUGAGGAUUACAUGACAAAAACAAUCAAUACUACCAACAUCGACGUGUGGAACGCCAUCCAAAAGGACCUGAAGUGUUGCGGCAUCAACAACGCUUCUGACUGGCAAAAGAAUGGGAAAUCUAUUCCCCAGAGUUGCUGUGUCGGGAAUCAGGCCUGUAAUACCACCAUAAUUGGUGAUAUUUACACGAAGGGAUGUCUGUCCACAUUCACAGACUGGGUCAAGGGUCAUGUUGCUAUCGUUGGGGGAGUAGGCAUUGGAUUUGCUUUCAUCCAGUUGGUCGGCAUUCUGUUUUCAUGUUGCUUGGCCAGAGCAAUCAAGAAGGAGUAUGAAGUUGUGUAACCAGUCUGUGGAAAUGACAAUCAUGUACACUGACAAACCAGUCAAGUUUUCAACCAAUCAGACUGCUUGGGCUCUUGUGACUUAAUGGAUAAUGGGUUUAGUUAAAUUCAGUAGAAUGUCAUAGAUGGUGAUUGAAAUCAUGUUAUCAUUGUAAUGGGUAAAACCUCUCUGUUAAUCCUGAAUAAAUAACAUUUACAAAUAAAGUUAAGAUCUUAUUUUCACUUUUAAUUACAUUAAUUUUCUGCAUCUGUUUUGUUUGUAUCAACAAUAUUAUGUGUAAUAAUUUUUCUGGUUCAUUUUGACAUUUUGAAGUUGCUUGGUUAAUAAGAAAUUCUCUUUAAAAAUUGACUUUUUCAUUAAUUUAGCUUGAAUCUGGUUUCAUAUUGGUAAAUAAUAGAAAACGAGUAAAAAGUAUUGGUAAUGCGAGUCCAUCUAUUAAUUUUUUUUGUUGAAAAAGAAUUUAUUGUAAAAAAAUUCAAUCUAAAACUGUGCACAACUGUAUCAAAUCUGUAUGGUUUGUUUUUCUUGUUUGCAUAAAUGUAUUAUUAUGCUAUUUCUUGAAAUAUAUUUUGUUGUGUUGAAUGUUGUAAUUUGUUGUACAUUUCUUGCAUUUCAAUAUAUCUUACAAAUUUUAUAUAUUAGAAUAUAUAUGAUCUUUUUGUUUAACAAAAAUCUUGAGCACAUUAAUGUUGCUAGAAUAAAAAUAUUCUUGAAAACUAAUUUUGGCAUUAAAGGGGCCUUUUCACAGAUUUUGGCAUAUUUUGAAGUUUGUCAUUAAAUGCUUUAUAUUGAUAAAUGUAAACAUUGGAUCUUAAAAGCUCCAGUAAAAAACAAGAAUAAAAUUUUUAAAAAAAUUCUAGCUGGUACCAGGGCUCGAACCAGUGACCCCCGGAGUCCUGGAGUUAGUCUGAAGUAAAAAUGCAUUAGCCCUCUCGGCUGUUCCGCCGGGUACACACAGUUUAAGUAUUUUAUACCUUAUAUAAGCAAUCUUCGUAGAUUCGUAAAUUUAAACGACAACAACAGAACUCUCCAAAUUAUCCAAUCGUUUCGCGUUGCAAAGCUUUAUCAUUUUUUGGUUUUCAAAUCGUCAAAAGAUACAUAUAAUGGCUAUAUUGGACUAUGGUAAAUGUUCAGUAAUACUGUUUCCUCACAAAUAUCAUAACUAAAACGAAAAUUUGUGAAUCUGGAACAACUUUUUUCAAUUUUGUCAAUUAACCAACCUGUGAAAAGAUCCCUUUAAUGUUAUAACUUAAAAAAAAAACAAAAAAAUAAAAACAGUUCAUUUAUUUGGUGUUAGAAAGUUAUGGCCAGGCUGAAAAAAGCUGGUCAUUGACAAUUUACUUACACAAAUGAUUUAAAAACUCUGAAUAUGAAUAUCAAAAUGGCAUGAUGUGAUCCAUUUAACAUCACUUUGUCCCCUUUGUAGAAAUAUGUUCUGAUUGGAGCCUUCCAAAUAAAGAAAAUACUAUCAUUGAAAUAAACACUUGCACUUUAAGAUUAAUGAGUUAAUCUUGUGUUUUUGCUUCUUGGCCUAAAAGUUUCAAGAUGUUAAACUUACAAGUAAUCAACUUUCUUUUGAUAGCUGGAUACAUUUUUUGGUUAUUUUAAAAUUGUUUAAGUUUCGAGUUAUUUAAAGCUAGUGUAGAAACCUUUAGUACCUGCUAGUAUUACUAGUUUAAAGUAAUUGUAACUUAAUUGUAGCUUAUCAUUGGUGUUUGGCACUUUUCAUUUGUGUAAUGAUAUCUUCUUGGUAGAAUUGUCCCUUUUAAAGGAAAUAGAAAAAAAAAGAACAAUUCCAAAAUGUUUUCUUAAGUAGAAAAAAACACAAAGGAUAUUCA